AUGGGGGGGUUCCGUGUCGCCGUUAGUGGUAGCCAGGGGAGGGGGGGGGGAAGCUGGCGCUUGGACGCCUUCACACACAACGCCGCAAACCCUCAAUCUGAAACACCCAGCAACCCAUUCUUGCGCCUGAUCUUCCUUGGCCUCUGGGUUGUCUGCACCAGCCGUGGCGCCAUGAUGCGAUGGCGUGCAUAUCCGCCAGAUGCUAAAGCUGUUGCCGCCAAUAAGAGCCCUGCCCGUCAUUGUCCCGAUCCCGUCAGAUGA